UAAUCUUCCUCAUAUCCAGCGUGGCUUUGUAUAUGUGCUGAGUUAUAAAACACGAAAGGAAAUAUACAAUUACGACAGCAGCGCAGCAGAGCAGUGAAGAGGAAAAACCUGAGGAAGUGAAAGAAUAGAAUGUACAAGUCUAAGCUGCAAGAGCUGUGCCAACGCUACUGGGUGGCGUUGCCGGAGUACACCUCGGUGAAGGUGGGUCCCGAUCACGACGCACGAUUCACCGCCACCGUCACCGUGAACGGAAUUUCUUUUCAGUCGCCGCCGAAUCAGUGCCGCUCCGCUAAGGACGCUCAGAACCUCGCCUCUCGCUUUGCCUUUGAGUACUUUACUGCCAAUCCGCACUUGCUUCACUCUACCCAUCCCCAGCAUUCGGCAACUAGGCCCCCAGAUCUGGUUGUCGCCCCCGUUCUUCAGUCUCUGUCCCCGCCUCUACAGCCAUCUCCGGCUCCGAUUCACCUCGUCGCCGAUUCUUCCCUUCUCCCCCCUCAAUUCGCCCAAAUCCCAAAUUCAGCUUGGCUUGCUGGCCCCCAACCUGUUCGUCCUCCUCUGCUGCAGCAAACCCCUCCAUCUCUUCCACCAAAAAGCUUGUCAGAGGCUUCUACUCCAAAUACAAACGUAGGUCAAAGUAAAGAGAGCACUGCACAAGCAUCUGUGGUGACUCCAUUAUACUCUACCGAACCUGCAAAUCUGAAGGGGAUGUUCAAGUCAAAAUUGCAAGAGCUAUGCCAUAAGCAGUCAUGGAAUCAGCCUGAGUACAGAACGGUGAAAGAAGGCCCUGAUCACAACCCUCAAUUUGGUGCCACAGUCAUUGUCAAUGGAAUUCCCUUCAAAACUCCAGAUAACCAUUGCCGUUCCUCCAAAGAAGCAACAAACCUUGCUGCCUGCAUUGCCUUAGAGCACUUUACUGGCUCCAAGCUAACUGUCCCCCAGCAAUCCCAGUUUCCACCAAUUGCAUCCUCAUCUUCAGGCCAUACUAAAAAUGAAAUUGCAGGUCGAAACAAUGAAACAAAUUCACAAACACCUGAGUUCGGUUCAACACCAUUGGUUCAUAAAGAGAUUUGCAAAUCUUCAGGCCAUACUAAAAAUGAAAUUGCAGGUCGAAACAAUGAAACAAAUUCACAAACACCUGAGUUCGGUUCAACACCAUUGGUUCGUAAAGAGAUUUGCAAAUCUUCAGGCCAUACUAAAAAUGAAAUUGCAGGUCGAAACAAUGAAACAAAUUCACAAACACCUGAGUUCGGUUCAACACCAUUGGUUCAUAAAGAGAUUUGCAAAUCUUCAGGCCAUACUAAAAAUGAAAUUGCAGGUCGAAACAAUGAAACAAAUUCACAAACACCUGAGUUCGGUUCAACACCAUUGGUUCGUAAAGAGAUUUGCAAAUCUUCAGACAUACAGCAUAUGUACAAGAACCAGCUGCAGCAAUAUGCUCAGAAGCAGAAUAUUAUUUUACCUAAAUAUUCUUGUGAAGUUGAAGGGCCACCACAUGCUUGUCGCUUUAGAUCAAAAGUGGCUUUUGGUGGAAAAAUCUUUGAAAGCCAUGAAUUUUUCUCUACAUUGAAGGAAGCUGAACAAGCAGCUGCAAAAAUUGCUCUUGAGGCAUUAUCACCACAAGAAAUUCAGAAGGGUGCAGGUUUAUACAAGACCCUUCUACAACAACUGGAACAAAAACAGGGUGGCAUGUUUCCAGUCUACAAGACAAUUCAGUCUGGUCCACCUCAUGCUCCAACUUUUGUGGCCACUGUGGUAGUUGGUGGUGAGACAUACCAAGGACAAGAAGCUAAAAGCAAGAAGGAGGCUGAGAUGAGUGCUGCAGAAGUUGCUUAUAAUUCUUGUCUGAAGGGGACAGAUAAUGCUUCAAAGAGGCAGAAAAUGUCAGCUGCACCUGGCACGCAUGUACAUGCCCAGUCCUCGGCCUCACCCAGUAAUAUAUCUUCUGCACCUAAAUCUCAUUCUCUGACACCACUCCAGCAUACAACUGAUCCUGCUGUGGAGUCUGUUAUUCAGAGUUCAUCUGAAUUCUAUGCCAAGGAAAUGGAUAAGAUUGAGGUUUCACAACCCAAUUCAAAUGAGGCAGUUUCUGGUCAUGCUUCCACCUUGCCCUCUAUCCAGUCUUUGCCUGACAACCAAUCCUCCACUCCACUGACGCCAGAGCAUUUAACUUGUUCUAUUCAGGAGUUUGAUCAGAAGAGACCAGCUGUGAGGGACAUGAUUUUGGUUUACCCAAAUGCUUCAAAUAAGGUACUUCCUGUCCCUGAGAACGCUUCCAUCUUGCCCUGCAGCAACAACAAAUGGACGGCUGUUGGAGUAGAGCUGAAUCAGAAUGAAGGGCAGAACUAUUGUCCAUCCAAAUCCUGUGUGUAAUCAAUCUCGCAUUCAUUCUGUAUGCUGUCAGGGAAUUUGUUGGGUAGGCAGUUGGUAGUUGUUGGAGUUUGUUUAACAUUCUUGCUCUCUUUUACUGGGAAAGUUGGAACUUUGUAGGUCAUAUUUAGAUGGUACAUUAAUAUAUUAUUUCUUGUUUUGUAUGUUGCAUAUCCCUGUGUUCAAUUUAUGUGCUAAGGAAUGCUCAUCUUGUGUUCUA